ACUCGGCCGUCUCCUUCCUCGAGAAGAUUCAUUUUUAUUUUGGUUUUACUCUUUUCAGAAAAACCCUUAUAAAACCCCCUCUCGUUCAUCUCGCCCCCCGAGAAGAAGAGCGAGCUCUCAUCAUGGCUUCCAAGCUCAAGGUAGACGAGCUCCGCUCUCAGCUGAAGCUCCGAGGUCUCGACGACACCGGGACCAAACCCAUUCUCGUCAAGAGGCUAGAAUCGGCGAUUCAGCAAGAAGAAGAGAAGGAGAAGGAAUCGGCUAAAGAUGUCGCGAAUGGAACCAAGAAGAGGGAAAGGGAUUCUAAAAGAACCCUUGAAGCUGAAGAAGAUUCUUCAAAAACUGGUACUCCCAAUGGAAGAAGCAAGAGGUCGAGGGAUGCGCUUGAUGAGAAGCGCGAGGAGAUAAUUUCGAUCGAGAAGCUUCAGAAGAUUGGUGUGCGCCAACUCCGGGAGUUAGCUGCCCGUCGAGGCCUCCUGCAAACUGGAACUAAGAAAGAACUAAUAGAGAGGCUUUCGGUUGAUAUGGACAAGGAUUCAGAGGAGAAUCAUGAAGCGAAAGGCGCUGAGGAAUGUAAGGAGGAGAAGUUAAUCACUGCAACCAAGAAGGGUGGAGCAGUGUUGGAUCAGUGGCUUCCAGAUGAUAUAAAGUCAAGCUUUCAUGUGUUGCAAUGGGGCCAGGAAAUUUAUGAUGCCACUCUUAAUCAGACAAAUGUUGGAGAAAACAAUAACAAGUUUUAUGUGAUUCAAGCUUUAGAAUCUGAUGAUGGUGGGAAAUUCUUUGUUUACAAUAGAUGGGGUAGAGUUGGAGUAAAAGGUCAAGAUAAGUUACACGGUCCAUUCACUUCACGCGAAAAAGCAAUAACUGAGUUUGAGAUGAAGUUCUCCGACAAGACAAGGAAUCACUGGUGUGAUCGCAAAAAUUUUAUAUGUUACCCGAAGUAUUAUACUUGGCUGGAAAUGGACUAUGAUGAAGCUGGAAAGGAAACAGUUCAGAAAAAGACAGAUAUACCCAUUGAUAUCCAACUUCGAGAGACAAAACUUGACUACCACAUUGCAAAGUUUGUAUCCCUCAUUUGCAAUAUCAGCAUGAUGAAGCAACAAAUGUUGGAGAUAGGAUAUAAUGCUGAGAAGUUGCCACUUGGCAAGCUAAGCAAAUCUACAAUUUUAAAGGGUUAUGAUAUCUUGAGGAGAAUUUCUGAUGUGAUUUCACAACCUGAUAGGAAAGUACUUGAACAGUUAAGCGGAGAAUUCUACACCGUGAUUCCUCAUGACUUUGGUUUUAGAAAGAUGCGUCAAUUCAUCAUUGACACUCCUUACAAAUUAAAGUGCAAGCUAGACAUGGUUGCAUCACUAGGCGAGAUUGAGAUUGCAACUAAGCUUCUGAAAGAUGAUGCUGAAUUGGGGGACGAUCCUUUGUAUUCUCGCUACAAACAACUCCGUUGUGAACUAACUCCAGUUGGAGUUGAUUCUGAGGAAUUUUCUAUGAUAGAGAAGUAUAUGAGGAAUACACAUGCCAAAACACAUUCAAGUUAUACUGUUGAUAUUGAGAAAAUUUUCAGAGUCUCCAGAGAAGGCGAGAUUGAACGCUUCAACAAGUUCUCCAGUGUGGAAAAUAGGAUGCUUCUAUGGCAUGGUUCUCGGCUUACAAAUUGGACUGGGAUACUUUCACAAGGAUUGCGGAUUGCUCCUCCAGAAGCACCAUCCACAGGGUACAUGUUUGGAAAGGGGGUUUAUUUUGCUGAUAUGUUCUCAAAGAGUGCAAAUUAUUGUUUUGCCUCAAAAGAAUGUUCAACUGGUGUGCUGCUUUUAUGUGAGGUUGCACUAGGUGGUAUGGCUGAACAGUUAGCUGCAAAUUACAAUGCUGAUCGUUUGCCAGAGGGAAAACUGAGUACAAAAGGAGUUGGCGUGACGGCUCCAGACAUGUCGAAAGCCAAAUCUCUCAGAGAUGGUGUAGUUGUCCCACUCGGAAAACCUAAAGAAAAUACAGAGAAACAGGGUAGCUUGUUGUACAAUGAAUACAUCGUCUACAAUGUAGAACAGAUACGGAUGAGAUACAUUGUUCAAGUAAACUUUAAGUGGAAGUAGAGUUAGAGCCACAACAAGAUGUUGUUUCUGUAAAUUCCAGCUUUCUAGGUCGGCCAUUUUGUGUUUUACUGAUUCAGCUCAAUUUGUUGCUGCUGAUUUUGGAACAUUUUGCCGACAUAUAUUUUUCAACGAAGUUGUAUAAUUUAGAUCAGUACUCAGUUUUCUGAUAUCUAUGUGAAAAUGGUGAAGGUUAGUGUAUCAAUCUUUUUGUUUCUUGCUCGUUUCUUAAGCA